CGCUAAUAUUUAGCAUAAGGAAGACUCAUUGGUCAAACACGGAGAAGUCGUAUCGGGGGAAAUAAAAUACUCUGUGUACGGAGGAGCACUCGGGAACUCACGAGGGGGAGAGCGAAAUAGGGGGGAAGCACCAUGGACGCAGCUCUUUUGAGAGACCGUGAGCUCUUUAAGAAGAGGGCUUUGGCAACGCCUGCUGUGGAAAAACGCUCUUCUGCUUCCUCUGAGUCUAAGAAAAAGAAAGCCAAGCUUGAUCCUGGUGGGACAUCUGGAUCCAAACAAAGUUCAGAUGGCAGCAAUGGACCAUUUAAUCUCAAAAGCCUUUCUGGGAGUUCGACCUACAAGUUUGGUGUGCUGGCUAAAAUAGUCAACUAUAUGAAGACAAGACACCAGCGAGGUGAUACAUACCCACUGUCACUGGAAGAAAUAUUGGAUGAAACACAACAUCUUGAUAUUGGCAUUAAGCAGAAACAGUGGCUUAUGUCUGAGGCUCUGGUGAACAAUCCCAAAAUUGAGAUCACUGAUGGAAAGUAUUCUUUUAAGCCUAAGUACAACUUAAAAGAUAAGAAGGCCCUUCUAAGGCUACUAGACAAGCAUGAUCAAAGAGGUUUGGGUGGUAUCUUACUGGAAGACAUAGAGGAAGGUCUUCCCAAUGCACAGAAAGCCAUAAAGGCACUGGGCGAUCAAAUUGUUUUUGUAACACGACCAGAUAAAAAGAAGAUCCUUUUCUACAAUGAUAAGAGCUGUCAGUUUACUGUAGAUGAAGAAUUUCAGAAGCUUUGGAGGAGUGUCCCAGUUGACUCCAUGGAUGAAGAGAAAAUAGAGGAAUAUCUAAAGAGGCAGGGCAUCUCUUCAAUGCAGGAAUCCGGACCAAAGAAAGUUAUCCCAGUGCCGAAACGGAAGAAGGCUAACUCGCAGAAGAAGCGUAGGUUUAAGACUCACAAUGACCACUUGCUGGGGGUCUUGAAAGAUUACACAGAUGUUACCCCAGGGAAACAAUAACAGUUUAGAACACUACGGAGAAUGCUUUUUAAAGGAUCGUCACUGCAGGGACUUCAUUUGUGCCCAUCGUCACAGAGUUUUAAGGUUUUCAUCAUUCAGAGACUCAGACUGUGGAAUUAAUUCAGUAUUAAGUCCUUAAGAUGGUUCCCUACCUUUCUAGAAUUGGUUGAGUAUUAAAGGAACUCAUUUUUUAUCAGUUGGGUAAACUGCAAACCAGGUCAGAAAAGUCUCUUAUUUGACUAUUAACUGAAUGGAAAAAAAAUUACAACUGUAAGCAGAGAUGUGUUUUUUUUUUUUUUUUUUUUUCUUUCUUGUGUGUGUGUUUUAUAUGCUUAUUAUGAGAAUUGUUCACUGUACAUAGUGGAAGAUUUGUAUUUUUUCCCUCUUGUUUUGCUAUUUUAAAUUCAGACAAAGAGAGAAAACUAUAUAAGUAGAACUGGUACAUGGAUAUUCAUUGCCUGAUUUUUUUUUUUUUUUCCUUAGUUGAAUAAAUAUUUUUAUUUCUGCGA